AGAUGAGGACAUUCAUAAUUUUAAAAACAAUAACAACAAAUCAAAACAACAGUUAUAGCUUCAAAAUAUUGUUUAAACAAAAGACCGAACCUCCCUAACCGCACACAUACACGCACUACACACAGCCUAGCAAACUAGAGAGCUCUAUUAGUAACACACAUACACGCACUAUACACAGUCUAGCAGACAACAGGGUAGAGAGAUGGAUUUCUUGAACUUGCUACUAUGUUUUCUGUUCUCCUGGACUCUGGUUCAAGCCCUGCUUUCAAUUGAAAGGGGGAGCAGAACAAGUGCGGGAAGGCUACCACCAGGACCUACUCCGUUGCCGAUUAUCGGAAACCUCCUCAAACUAGGAAAUAAACCACACAAGUCCUUAGCAGAGCUCGCCAAAACUCACGGUCCUAUCAUGACUUUGAGACUAGGCCAAAUAACCACAGUGGUCAUUUCUUCAUCAACCAUGGCCAGAGAAAUCCUCCAAAAGCAAGAUCUCUCCUUCUCCAACCGAUUCAUCCCAGACGCACUUCUAGCCCACAACCAUGGCCUGUUCUCAGUGGUUUGGAUACCCGUUUCAACUCGCUGGCGGAACCUCCGUAAAAUCUUGAGCUCACAUUUAUUUUCGGGUCAAAGACUGGAUGCUAAGCAACAGCUACGGAGUCAGAAAGUUAAGGAGCUAAUGGCCUACAUCCACAAGAGUUGCCAGGCAGGUGCUGCAGUAGAUAUAGGACGAGCAGCUUUCAGAACAACGCUAAAUCUAAUAUCAAAUACCAUCUUCUCUGAAGAUUUGACUGACACAAGCUCUGAUACGGCACAAGAGUUUAAAGAACUAGUUUGGGGUAUCAUGGAAGAGGCUGGUAAACCCAAUCUGGUGGAUUACUUCCCUGUGCUUAGGAAGUUUGAUCCACUAGGUAUAAGGUGUCGAUUGACGAUUCAUUUUGAGAAGAUGAUUGGGAUUUUCAAUCAUAUGAUCAACCAAAGAUUGGAGUUGAGGAGACUGCAAGGUUGUAUCACAAGAAAUGAUGUGUUAGACACUCUUCUCAAUAUCAGUGAAUCUAACCCUAACGAGAUUGAUCAAGUCCACAUCGACCAUAUGUUGGUGGAUCUAUUUGCCGCGGGAACAGAUACUACUUCAAGCACAUUGGAAUGGGCAAUGGCAGAGAUACUACACAACCCAAAGACUCUGUUGAAAGCCAAAGCUGAGCUUGAUCAGAUCCUUGGAAAAGGCAGCCCAGUAGAAGAAUCAGACAUUGCAAGACUGCCAUACUUACAAGCUAUCGUGAAAGAGACCUUCAGGCUACACCCAGCUGUGCCAUUCUUAAUCCCUCGCAAAGUUGAUGCCAAUGUUGAGGUAUGUGGUUACACAGUACCAAAGGAUGCACAAGUGCUAGUAAAUGCGUGGGCUAUUGGCCGCGAUCCAAGCAUAUGGACCAAUCCAAACUCCUUUAUGCGAGAGAGGUUCUUGGGGACAGAAAUUGAUGUCCGGGGCCAUGACUUUGAGCUAAUUCCUUUUGGAGGUGGACGAAGAAUAUGUCCUGGGAUACCAUUAGCAAUAAGGAUGGUUCACUUGAUGAUGGGUACGCUCAUAAACUCGUUUGACUGGAAGCUUGAAGACGGCAUUGCUCCAGAGGAUAUGAACAUGGAGGAGAAGUUUGGUAUUACUUUACAGAAGGCUCAACCUCUGCGUGCUGUCCCGGUUCAUGUAUAAUAACGUUGUUUCUCAUAAGCAAAAACCACUAUCAUUUGCUGACUUGGGUUCUCUGUGGUAACUUGUGAUCACUAACAAGUGAAUGUUGUGAUUUUAAAUUCUAUCAAGUCAUAAAGAUUUGAGGUGAAACCAAUAAAUAUAAGAAAUACUCCACAAUAUAAUGAAACCAAUAUAUUAUGUCUUUACUACAA